GUCGAAGGGGAGAGAGUGAUAGAAGUGGCAGAAUGUUUGGAGAGUCGGCAGGCACUGGGUGCGAGUGAGAACUGCAGGAGCCGGCGGAUGCGGAUCCUAUAUUGACCGCGCACACAGACAGAUGCACACUCCCUGUCACCGUGUGGAGCAAAUGGCCUGCGGUGCAUUGAGAGGCAGUUUGGGCGGGGGCAGCUCGGACGAGCCUGUCUUCACGCAACUCAAGCCGGUGAGUCUUCAGUCGGAGGAGCAGCAGGCGGCGGUGGCGAUGUUCGACAGCAUGAAGAGUCCAGCGACCAGGAUGCUGGCGGCGGACGACCUGGCUCAGACGAGAUGUGAGAUGGAGAAGUAUUUAUCUCCUCAAUCACUGCCAGCCCCGGAGGUGAAGAAGUAUAGGAGGGACAGUGCCUCUGUGGUGGAUGAAUUUUUCCAGGAUGAAAGAGCCUCCCCGUACAGCGUAAACAUCAAUGUGAUUCUUCCUGAUGUCACUUACCUGCGAACUGGCCUCUGUAAGCUGCAAAGAUCAUCCAUGGUUCAGUCCCAGUCUGAAGCAGUUACUGCUUUUACACAGGCAAACAGGACCCUCACGACCCAGUCUUUACCAGAAUUCACCAGCGUGUUUAACACCUCACAGGCGACCGAUGUCAAUGCCACUUUUAUCAAACAGGAACUGCCCUCUCCUGAAAUGCAUCUGCCUGCAUCCCCACAGCAAGGUCAGUUGUACCAGCUACUAAGCUCUCCAGACUUGGUAAGCAUUCCUGGUAACACUUCUCUCGCACCAGGUAACGUGGCAUGUAUGGGAAACCUUACCAAUCCUUCCGUGUCGGCAGGAAUGACCAGCAUGAGCACACUCUGCACGGUACAUCCACAGACGGCAGUGAAACACUUCCACUCUAUCUCAACAGGCUCGUUUGUGCCAGCGCAGUUCUUCCCGCAACAGCCCACCUACCUCCCACCUUCUCCACCAAAUUCUGAACCCGGAAGCCCCGACAGGCAGCCAGAGCUAAUGCAAAACCUGACCCCACCACCAUCAUAUGCUGCCUCUAUUGCCUGCAAGCUGGGCUCGCCCACAGCAGCCCAUGCCCUUCCAGCAACACUGCAAGUAGGACAACAGAACACUCCACUGCCCAAAUUUAACCGACGAAAUAAUCCAGAGCUAGAGAAGAGGAGAAUUCAUCACUGUGACUUUCCAGGUUGUUCUAAAGUAUACACCAAAAGUUCCCACUUAAAAGCACAUUUGAGAACUCACACUGGGGAGAAGCCUUACAAGUGUACCUGGGAAGGCUGUGAUUGGAGAUUUGCACGUUCUGAUGAACUAACUCGCCAUUUCCGUAAACACACUGGGGCGAAACCCUUCCAGUGCACAGUGUGUAGUCGCAGCUUUUCGCGGUCUGACCAUUUAGCCCUGCACAUGAAAAGACACCAGAACUAGAAGAUGAAUCCUCCCUGAGGCUGAUGUUCAUUAUGCAAACAAGACAUUGUUUCCCAAACAAAAUACCAGACGACCAUUGUGUAUAUGGUAAUCUCUCUGUCAGGUCUUCCAAUAUUUCUGUAUAGAGAAAGGAAGUUUUGAUGUAAAACACAGGCUUGAUUUAAGGGUUUAAGAUUGGAACCCUGUAUAUUUUGUACAUAUUCACUGGGAAUUAUGAGCUGUGUUUAAUUAGAAAGCUUUAAGAAAUUUCUAAUGGGAAUUAAAUUUUUCUUUGUUUUAGGUUUUCUUGAUGUAUAAACUAAGCUCGCGUCCAUUUCAUAGACACACUUGCACUAUAGUGUAGUUGAUUAAUACUGGUAUUUACAUCUGCCAAGUUCACAGCAUUAAACCUUUUUUUUCUAAUGUUUUGACCAAAGCACUGAAUGGUCUUGACAGUGUUUAGUAAAUGUAGCCAAAGACAUUGGGGGAGGAAAACAAAAUCCCACAAAGGGCACAGUGUGAACUAAUACAGAUAAUACUUUCUGCUGAACUCAAAGGGAAUUUGACCUCCUUUUAAUACUUGAGGUUAUCAAAUUGCUUUAUUGGAGUCCUCAUCUCAUCAGCAAGAUAUGGGGUGUUGAAUUUAACUGUAUAACUACAAAAAGAAACUGGCUAAGGCAAUUAAUGAGAUAAUAAAUGAUAACACAGAACUGCAGAAUCCGCAGACAUUUUGGGUGCUUUUCUAUAAUCAGUGAAUGGAAACUGGAUUUUUGGCAAACUGAUUUACUCCUGACUUGACCGAAUCCUCCUUCUGAAAUUAACUUUCAAGCUCUAUGAUGUGCUGACAUGUGGCCUGCCCCACAGUAGGAAAUGGGGUUUGGCCCUGUUUUCCAAAGUCCUUGUUUUAAAAGUUGCAGGAAAAGAAAUUCCUGCAGUUUGGGAGUCCUGUCCCAAUUUACUUUUCUGCCGGUUCCAUGUGUAUUUUAGGAAUGUAAUUGCUUAUCUGGCUUUGUAUUUACACUUCAAUUUUAGCAUCAUCGUGAGGCUAAAGCUGGUAUGUAAAUAUAGCCAAAAAUAGCAUGUAGACGCAUUGGAAAUUCCCAAUGCCUUGUGGAAUUGGAUUGAUUCUCCAAAAGGCUGACUGUUGAGUGUAUAGUUAUUUUAGCACUCCAUUCCAGUUUGAAACUACUGCAAUAAAGAUAUUUAUAUAAAUAUAUAGAUACUGUACGGACAGUGGCACUGCUGCUGAGUAGAACAUCUCAUUCUGCACUCAAAUCAUGGAAUUUCUUGUUUUUUAUAUAUAAAGAAUCUUUGAUUUUUUU